AUGGCAGACCCUAUGUUCAUGACGCUUAGGCUGCAUGACGAGGAAGACACGCAUAUGCGCCAGACGUCUUCGCGCAGCACCGCGUCGAGGCAAGCGCCCCCGAAGAUCACGCUCUUGUUACUCGGAGAUCCCCGCGGUGGCUCGCAAACGACCAUCACCGCCGAUACGCCCUGCACGUACGAGGCAGCAGUCAAUCUCGCGUUCGACGCCUUCCCCUACGCGCUACAGCCCUUCCAGCGCUCUGAGCUCUCCUUCGCACUCACCCGCCCUCGACCGGGCGGCGGGUACAUGUCGCACGCGCCUAUCCGUCGGAAAGAUGACGCUUGGAUGGACACAAUGAGGCAUAUAGCGGCUGACCACCGCAUCGAGAUCAGUACUCGCAUACAGUAA